AUGAUGAUGAUGAUGAUGAUGAUGAAAAUGAAUGAGGCUUCACCAGCUCGACUCAACGACGAUGCUUUGCUGGUGAGGUGACCUAUCCCAUCCCAUACCCAUUCAUUCUCCCAACACCCUCUUCCCAAAAGCACCGAUUUUUGCGCAGAGCAACGCGAAUCACGAAGAGGGUCGCACCCAAAAAUAGACACAAAAAAAUGGGUGUUUGUGGGUCGAGGCCCAGAGUCUCCGAGGAGAAGAAGAAGAAUAAUCACCGAAGCAGCAGGAGAAGAAGGAGAAUCCUCCGAAGACGCGUCUCUUCUAGAAAGAUCGAAGCUAACAACGUUGCUCACUCCAACUCCGCUCUGCAAGCUUCUAAUCGCGCUUCAGAUGCUGCAUGGUUUGAUUCUACAUCGGCGUUGGAUUCUGAAUGUGAUGACGAGUUCUACAGUGUCUUUGAUGGAGAAGUGUCCACAGGUCAUGCAGAUGAAAUUGGAGAGGACAGAAAGCUGGCCCCCGAUCAUUGGGGGAUUCUGCCAAAUACCUGUUUGCCUUGCCUUUCUUCCAAUGCACUUGCUGUUGAAAAGAGAAGGCCAUUGAGUCCUGAUACACCAACUUCGCGGAGAAAAUCACUUUCUAAACUCUCCUUUAAAUGGAGAGAAGGGUCUUCAGAUAUGACAUUACUUUCCCCUAAGGCAUUUAAACAAAAACCAUUGGCAGGUUCUUUGAUUCCAUUCUGUCCAAUAGAGAAGCAAACCCCUUGUUCUUGGUCACCAAUUGAGCCAAGUUCCUUCAGAGUCAGAGGAAAAAACUACCUGAGGGAUAAGAAGAAAGAAUUUGCUCCAGGCAGUGCUGCUUUCUAUCCUCUGGGUGCUGACCUCUUUUUGUCUUCACGAAAAAUUGAUCAUAUUGCUCGCUUUGUACAAAUUCCUGCAAUAAACAUACCUGGGGAUGUUCCUUCUAUUCUUAUUGUAAAUAUUCAGAUACCAUUGUAUCCUGCCACUAUCUUCCAAAGUGAAAAUGAUGGUGAAGGAAUGAAUGUGGUUUUGUACUUUAAAUUAUCUGAAAAAUACUCUAAAGAACUUCCAGACCAAUUCCGCGAAAAUAUCAGUAAAUUGAUCAACGACGAAGUGGAGAGAGUUAAAGGCUUCCCUCUAGAUGCAAUUGUACCCUUUAGGGAGAGAUUAAAAAUUUUAGGCAGGGUGGCAAAUGUGGAGAAUCUUUCUUUAAGCACAACUGAAAAGAAGCUUAUGAAUGCUUACAAUGAAAAACCAGUCCUCUCGCGUCCACAACAUGAAUUUUACUUGGGAGAAAACUAUCUUGAGAUAGAUUUGGAUGUACACAGAUUUAGCUAUAUUGCAAGAAAAGGAUUUGAAGGCUUCAUUGAAAGACUGAAGCUAUGUAAUCUGGAUUUCGCUCUGACAAUUCAGGGAAACAAGACUGAAGACUUGCCGGAGCAUUUAUUAUGCGCAAUACGGUUGAAUAAAAUUGACUACAACAACUUCAACCACAUUGGCAUUUAAGUUUAAAGCUUCAACAUAAAGAAUUUUAACCUCAAAUAUAUUGCAUAACGAUUAAAUCUGUGAUCUGUCAUUCAAGUUGUUUUUAAGAGAGAUUCUGUAGCUAACCGCGAUGGAUCUUUAAAUUUCAUGAUUCAUUGAUAUAAAAGUUGUAGAAUGUACAGUAGAAUAAUCAGAUUGGAAAUCAUCAGAGUAAUUUAUCUUUCUCAAAGAUACAAGCAGUCCCUGUAGCCUUGUUAAUCGUUAUCACUUUUGAAUUCAGAUCACUGCUCAUAUUUCCCAA